UCACCUUUCUUCUCCGAAGGCUUUGAGCGCUAACAGCUCCUACUCUUUUCUCUGUGUUCUGUCUUCGAGCGGAAACCAUGGCGAAGACAUCGAAAGCUGGAAGUGGCGACGCCAAUCCCAGCAAGAAGAAUGGAAAAAAGAAGAAGUCAGGUCCAGAUUCCGUAGCCAUGAAAGUUCAGGCCACUAAACCCAAUCCUUUCGAGACAAUUUGGUCUAGAAGAAAAUUCGAUAUUCUCGGCAAAAAACGUAAAGGAGAAGAGCGUAGAGUAGGUCUCGCUCGCUCUCGCGCCAUUGAAAAGAGGAAAAAUACAUUGCUGAAAGAGUACGAGCAGAGUGGAAAGUCCUCGGUGUUUGUUGAUAAGCGUAUUGGAGAGCAGAACGAUGAUCUAGGCGAGUUCGAUAAGGCCAUUCUCCGUUCCCAGCGAGAACGCCAGUUGAAACUGAGCAAGAAAAGCAAGUAUAACUUAUCGGAUGGAGAAGAAGAUGAUUUGGAUAUUACGGGACUUGGUGCAUUUUCUGAGAGGGAUGAUUUUGAAGACGAGAUGUUGCCUUAUAAUGAUGAUGAUUACGGUGUUGACGAAACUGCCGAUAUUGGGAAAGAUUCAGCUGGAUUGAAGCAGAAUAUUAUGGAAAGGGGAAGCGAUGGGAGUGAAAAUAAGCACAAAACCAAGAAGGAAGUGAUGGAGGAGAUCAUAUCAAAGAGCAAAUAUUUCAAGGCACAAAAAGCAAAAGAUAAGGAAGAGAAUGAACAUUUGAUGGAAGAGUUGGACAAAAACUUCACAUCCUUGGUGCAGUCAAAAGCGUUGUCAUCUCUUACUGAUCCUGGGAAGAUGAAUGCUUUAAAGUCUCUUGUGAAAAAGAGCAUUCCAGGUGACCAAGUGACGAGGGAUGAGUUUUCUACUGCUACAAAUUGGGAAAUUUCUAAUCAGGAAAAACCUGAUAUGUAUGACAAAAUGGUUAAAGAAAUGGCAUUGGAAAUGCGUGCUCGUCCAUCAGAUAGGACAAAAACACCCGAGGAGAUAGCCCAGGAGGAGAGAGAAAGAUUAGAGCAAUUAGAGGAAGAAAGACAGAAGAGGAUGCUUGCCCCUGAUGACUCUAGUGAUGAAGAGGAUGAGGAUGCUGAGAAGCCAUCUGCUCAGAGGCCAAGAGCAAUAUCGGGUGAUGAUCUUGGUGAUUCCUUUUUGCUUGAUGAAGAGCCUAAGGCUAAAAGGGGUUGGGUUGAUGAGAUUCUUGAAGAAAGAGAUGAUGAGAAUGAAGAAGGUGAUUCUUCUGAGGAUUCAAAGGGUUCUGAAAAUGGCAGUGAAGGGUCUGAUGAAGAUACUGAUACACAUGAGGAGAAUCCAUCUAUUAAGGACUGGGAACAGAGUGAUGAUGAUAAUGUUGAAACUGAGUUUGAUGGGGAGGAAGAUGAAGAGGAAGAGGAUGGUGAAGAAAGUGACGAGGAUAAUGUUGGUGACGAGAAGGCGGUGGAACCUAGAGAUUCAAAUAAACCACAGGAAAUUCUGUCUGUUAAAACAAGUGAAAGACAUAAAGAUUCUUUGAGUUCCGGGAAAAAGAAUGCUGAUGAAAAAAAGUCUUCUACUCGGUUAGAUAUUCCCUAUUUAAUUGAAGCUCCAAAGUCCUUGGAAGAAUUCUCUGCGUUAUUGGAUAAUUGUUCUAAUGGUGACAUUAUGUUGAUAAUCAAUCGCAUUCGAGUGAGCAAUGCAAUCAAGCUUGCAGCAGAAAAUCGGAAGAAGAUGCAAGUGUUUUAUGGUGUGUUGCUGCAAUAUUUUGCUGUACUGGGAAAUAAAAGGCCAUUGAAUGUUGACUUACUGGAUUUGUUGGUGAAGCCAUUGAUGGAAAUGAGUGUGGAGAUUCCUUACUUUGCUGCAAUAUGUGCUCGUCAAAGGAUUUUGCGAACUCGAACACAAUUUUGCGAGGUUAUCAAGAACCCAGAAAACAGUUGUUGGCCUUCAUCAAAGACGUUAAUUCUUUUGAGGCUUUGGUCUCUAAUAUUUCCCUGCUCUGACUUCCGUCACGUGGUCAUGACUCCAGCUAUACUGCUGAUGUGUGAAUAUCUUAUGCGUUGCCCCAUUGUGUCUGGUCGUGACAUUGCAGUUGGCUCUUUCAUUUGCUCAAUGCUUUUCUCUGUUGCUAAACAAUCUAAGAAGUUCUGUCCUGAAGCAAUUGGGUUUCUCCGAAUGCUGCUGAUGGCAGCCAAAGAUGAAAAACCAAUGUCAAAUCAGGAUACUCAAUACUAUUAUCUUAUGGAGAUAAAGGAGCUCAAGCCCCUGCUUUCUACACGUGGACAUGUAAAUGAGAUCAAUCCAUUGAAUUUCUUCACUAUAUUGGACCUACCAGAGGACUCUCCCUUUUUUGACACCGGCAGUUUUAGGACUAGUGUAUUGAUGACAGCUGUUGAAACUCUACAAGGGUAUGUCAACAUAUAUGAAGACUUGAGUUCUUUUCCUGAAAUUUUCUUGCCAUUUUCGGUAUUGUUACUUGAAGUGGCACAACAAGAAAGCAUAGUUAGUCUAUUGCAAGAUAAGAUUAAAGAUGUUGCUGAGCUCAUCAAGACUAAAGUUCAUGAAUGUUACAUGUCACGACAAUCUCUUCAAAUGCGGAAACAAAAGCCAGUGCCUAUCAGAAUGCUGAUGCCCAAAUUUGAAGAGGGCUUUGUCAAGGGUAGGGAUUAUGAUCCAGACCGUGAAAGGGCUGAGAUGAAAAAGUUGAAGAAACUUUUGAAAGAAGAAUCUAAAGGGGCAAUUCGAGAACUCCGCAAGGACAAUUAUUUCUUGCACGAGGUUAAGGCAAAGGAGAAGGCACUAAUGGCGGAAGAAAGAACUGAGAAGUAUCACAAAGUAAAAGCUUUCCUUGAAGAACAACAACAUGCUUUCAAUUCUGGGCAAUUAGGAAAAGGCAGGAAAAGGAGGAGGUGAAGCUGACUUUUUGUUUUUUGUUCUUGCAUAUCACCUUUGAUUGUUCAUCACCUGGGGCAAGUUGAUCAUGAUGUGCUGUGCCCAUAAAUUACUACUGUGAUGGAAUACAUGAAAGAAAAGAGUUACAAUUUUGUCAUAACUUCAUUUGUUAGUAAUGUAUUUAUAGAGUAUGUCAUUAGAUUUUGUUCUGUUCCUCUGAAUUCCUCAGAUUUGAGGAUCAAUUUUGGCAUUGUUGUUUACAUCCACCUUUACAAUUUAUGUUAAGAAAAGUAUAUAGAAAAUUUAACAUUGAAUUGGUCAUGUUCUGCACAAUUCUCCUUCACAUGAUUAUGAUAAAUUUUGCUUAACUUAA